AUGACCUGUUAUCCGCUAGCUCAGGCUGCCGUUUAUCACUGUUAUCGAAGUGAUGAUGAAGUGGUGGCUAAAAUUGGUCGUUAUGGCUACGGUUAUACACUGAACAUAGCCAUUGUGCAGGAUGUUUUUACCUAUGGAUCGCGUAAUGUUACGAUGCUUAAGAGGCUGAAACGUUGGAUGUUGCUGUUGGUAAUAGCGAUAUUUGCGCCUUGUCUAUGUUGUUAUCUGCCAGCCAAAGGGAUAUAUCGUUGUUUUGGACCACGAGGUGGACGCCAUACACCAUCUAGGCAAUAUUCGUGA